AUGCGCGCGCCCCCGCUUAGGGUGAGGUCACCCUUUGAACCAGCCGGCGCCGCCUAAACCUGUUUUCGCGCGCUCCCUCCGCCAUUGCGUUGCCCGCGUCGACUUCGCCGCGCUGCUGUGCGGGCGUCCUCGAAACGCUGCUGCGUUCGCGCGGCUUUCAUCGGCGUAGAAUGCCUGGAUGUUGUGUUCCUCAGUGCUCCAACCAUUCGAGAAAUGGUUGGAGGAUGUUCCAUUUUCCAAGGGACCCAAAAAGGCGGCUUCUGUGGCUGGUGCGAGUCAAGCGUGACAAGUGGCAACCGACGAACUCCUCGUGUGUCUGCAGCGCUCAUUUCGAAGCCAGCAGCUUCGAACAGAACCGCGCGGAUGGGUGGAAGAAGCUCAAGCCUAAUGCUGUACCAACGGUGUUCCCAUUCAAAGAACUUCCUAAAGAGCGAAGGCCACCAAGGGAACGAAAUGCACACGUGCCUGCAUUAUUCAGUGACGACGCAGCCGCACACAAUUCUUCACGAGAAGUGAGAAACGUUCUUCCCUCAACUACGCAGGAAUUUUCUCCCGCUGAUUCUUCGUCAGACGGGGAGAUAAAUGAGAGAUUGGCGGCUACGGAAACCAACAAUGCUAAUGGGCAACUUACUUCGACCCCCAGGGAUGCACGGCUUCAAGAAACUGCAAUAGUUACUGCGACCCAACCCCUCGAUUCUGAGGCAGCUGAGCUUAGGAAGAAGAUUGCAGAUCUCACAGCAGCCAAUAAUAAGCUUAGACAACAUCAUAACGAAUCUAAGAACACUGUCAAAAAACUACAGAUGCAGGUACGCAAGCUGCAGAAAGAGGCAACUAAUUUCUCACGAAAUACGAAGUUUUUAAAUGAAGACCAAAUUCGUGCUCUUUCUCGAAACAACAAUCAUGUGCGCACCAAAUACUUUGUUGCCAAUCGGGGCCAUCUUCUGAUGCACUUUCAGGGACGGUUCGCGCGACACAACUGUACUGUAAAGCGGGCGCUGAGCAGUAGAGAACCUAACCACCUCGUGGAGCACAGUCUCGCGCAGGGAAACCUGUCACGCAGUGCACAGAAGGCAGCGGCGAUCUGUGAACUUCGAGACGUGCGACAAUCGACACGGAAGCCUUCCUGGGCCUCCUUGCAUAUCGAGUACUUCGUGGAUCAAGCACAGAAACCCAGGCUGGCCGAUGAUGCCAUUGUACACCUUGUACGGAGCGCCGCCGGUGUCACCAGUCCUGUCAGCUGCUGCAUGGGGCUGCACCGUCGCUGCGGCAAAUCUUAA